CAUCGAUACGCAAUGCGGAGUGGAGGGAGUCGUACUGGCCAAGGUGAACGUGUACGUGCGUAGAGGGUCGGGGAGAGAUAGUAUCAAUCUGCACAACUAGAACUAGAACUGUAGAAGCGUGAGUGGCAGUACACGGUGUGUGGUAUAUAUAUCGACAACUACUGGAGACCUAUGCAAUCUCGUCGCCAUUUGUAGGUUCAAACUACAUUUUCUUGCCUCUUGAAAUAUCUUCUGCCAUCCAGCUGACGGCAGGCAGUAGAAAUAUACACUACGUAUCCAAUGUCCUUGUGGACCGGGGUUGUUACUUCAAUGAGUGGGUUUUCGGUGAGCGUUUUUUGAGACCAAGCCAUCGAUCUGUUGAGUGUUGAAAUUUUAGUCAGGAUAAGUUUUCAUUCUCUCAGGCCUACUCACACUAUCUGAACACGAUGGAAACCCAGAACCAACAGGCCCAACCGCGACAAGUUUUACACGUGCGAAGUGAUUCAGAUGCAGAGUUGGAGGAUUUAUUUAAAAGUGUUAUGAACCCCCGGGAAACCAGUCAGAGCAGCUCUAUCCCCAUGCGGAUGAGAAAUUUACCGUCGUCUUUUUUCAAAGAACCAGACCGUGUUCACGCACAUCACUCUCGGGAGUCCAGUGCGGACAGCACGAACUACGGGCCAAGUGCAAAUGGCAGUAAUGUCAGUGGUAGCGGACAGACACUGGCAGCUCCUGGGCUUACCGUCGCCCACUCCCGGGCGCAUUCAUCGCCGGCCGCCUUGCAGGAAAUGCAUGCCGUUGGAGCACAAAGUUUGCAGCAUCAGCAUCUGAGACAACAAAGUUACGAUAUAACAGAUGACAAUACACCACUUCCACCAGGUUGGGAGAUGGCAUCAACAAGUACUGGUCAAAGAUAUUAUCUCGAUGACAAGGGAAGAUUUUUACUGUCAACCCCAAAGCCAGAUAACAAUCACAACAGACAUACCACUACAUGGCAGGACCCACGGAAGACACUGAGCACUUCCCAGCUCAACAAGGUGAAUUCUGUCGCCCCAAACCCACCACCGACAUUGACUGCACAGAUCAACACCAUGACACCACCACCACCUACUGGUAGUCAGCAACCAUUGCCUGCUAUGCAGGACUUGGGACCUCUACCACCUAACUGGGAACAGGCAACCACUCCUGAAGGGGAGGUAUAUUUCAUCAACCACCUGGAGAGGACCACAACUUGGCUGGACCCAAGAAUUGCUAUGCGAGCUCCAGGAACAGUACAGGCAGCUGCAGCAGCCCUGCAGAAUACACAGCAAACAGCACAGCAACCAGCUCAGCAAACUAUGGCUAUAUCACCUACUCCAGCACAGCAGGCAAGCAAGGUUCCUGGGCCUGAUAUAUCACUACAGCAGCGGCAGCAGCAGCUGCGGUUGCAGCGUCUGCAGAUGGAAAGAGAAUGUCUUCAACGACGACAGCAGGAAAUACUGCAGCAGAUGGCCGCAAGUGGAAAAAACAGAUCUCUGCCUAGAAAUUUUUGGCCACAAGAGGGCAGUGCUCAUAUGAAGGGGGGCCAGGGCAGUGUGCCCAAGGAGAUGCAACUGCGGCGUGACUUGGACCCAGCUACUGUGAGUAAUGGCAGUGAUGGUAAUGCUGUCAGUACUACAGGCCUAGAUCCUUUCCUCAGCAGUGGUAAUACCUCUAACUUCCACAGCCGAGAGGAGAGCGGUGAUAGUGGGUGUGGUAUGAGUAACUACAGUCAUCCUAGAACCCCUGAUGAUUUGCUGAGUAAUGUGGAAGACAUGGAGGCUAUUGAAGGUGAACGUAAGACACCCAUACCUGCCCCCCUGACGCCACGCCAACACAUGGACUUUCUAGAUUCCAUGCCAGGUACCAACAUUGACAUGGGACCAAUGGAAGGGAACGGAGACAACAGUAACCAAGGCAACAUGGACAGUGACGAGUUGGUGCCCAGUCUGCAUGAAGCUCUCAACACAGACAUCUUGAAUGACGUGCUGUCAUCACCAAACAGAAUUGAAAACUUCCUAACCUGGCUGUAGAGGCUGGAGCAUCUAUCUACAGUAACUGGCUUGUCCUCAGGCCUUGGACAUGCUGUAACUGAUUGACCUAUCUGAUUGAUGCUUUCCUACAUGUAUUUGCAAAUGUGGCCAUUGCUUGUGUUAUCAUUUCCUGAAUGAUUACUUCUAGUUCUGACUAUAACUGUUAACCUAAUGUCACAAGAACAUCAGUUGCAAAGCCAACUUGCCAGUGCCUAAUACGAUAAGUUGUUGGUACUGAUGACUUGAUGUGAUGGCAUCAUUUGCAUAAUUUACUCACGUACAGACCUCCUGUACAUGAAUAGCAUUUGGUAUUACAAGCAUACCUGUAUCAUCAGACUUACCUGAUUUUUCAUGUUACAUGCACCAAGCCAGUCAUGUGCUAUUUGGACUUAGAACAGUCAAGAACCUUGGAAGAGAAAUCUUCACAUGCAGUCUUAUUCUCAUGCUUAACUUUGUAUGGGAGAAAAUACAUGUAUCUGCAGUGGGAGUGGGCUCUUUGAUGUACUGUACUAUCUUGGGGUUCACAGAAUAAGACCAAAGUGAUUGUAGCAUGGGAAAUAUAGAUGCCGCUUCUCCCUAAAAUAAACAUGCACCUGACUCUAGAGCCAUUGUCAGGGGCUAACAUUGAGAUGGAUUUUUGUUCAGUGUCCAAUAAGCCCUAGAAACUGUUAUAAGAGCUAUCAAGUUUUUAGUGAACCUGCUUUGGCUGAAUUUUAAGCGUGAAAUAUGAAGCAGGUGUAUCGUAAGGAUUAUGACCAAAAUUCUUACACGUUGACCUUGCUGUCACAUUCAUGCUGGUUGAGCAUUUUUCUUCCAGCACUUUGAAUGUUUGUGUCGAAGAAUACCUGCCAUGUUAACAUGUUAACAAAAAGUGUGCAUUACAUUCAAUUUAUCUGAGUAGUAUUGACUACCAGACGUGCACAGUGUAGAUGAGGAGUUUUUUUAUCUAGCAGCACGAUGGAAUCAAAGACACUCUUAUCUCUGAUAUGCAUGUGUGCUGUUCAUUGGUUAACAUUCAGGAGUUACAUCAACACAACAUGGAAGUGAUUGGGAAUCAGUGUGAAGUACCAGUACAUAUACAUCACUGGACAUUAGGAAGCAUCCAACAUCUGCAUUGAGAGUGAUGCUUGGUACUGCCACUACUGAAGGCAACAUUGUCCUUAUGGAAUGUGUGCAUAGUCCACAUUCAUUUUUUCUGUGAUGUACAUUAUGUAUAUUGAUCAUGGGAAAAGGUAUUGAGUGUAAGUUGUUUCCCUGAAUUAGAAAAAAGACACUGACGAACAGUGCACUCUGGAAUUUAUGCAAUUGCUUCAGUGGCUUUUCUUGGAACUUUCUGGGGCAAAUAAGCAUAUUUAUUUUGAUAAAGUAAUUCAUGACAGUAAAUGUAAGAUCAAAGUACAGAUUUUAAAAAAGUAAACCUUAUUCAUGUUUGUUAUCAUAAAUUAAGUAGGUAAUAUAAAUAUGAAAUGAAGGAUACUAUCGUCAUGAUGUGACAGUCUACUUGAUUGGGCAUACAUGUAAUUCUGCUCUUCCCAGUCUUUGGAAUAAGUAAUUUUACAUUAUAUGUGCUUCUAUGAAAAGCAAGCAAUUUGUUUACAACUUGUGCCUUACACAUACAUUUAUGUACAUGUACAUAACCAGACCGGGCAACUUCUGCUGUUCUGGUCUCAGAGCGUAACACUUUGCUUUGUAAUGCCAAAUGAAAACCAGCGGGUAUGCAAUGUGUCUUAUAAGCUGGUGCUGGGUAGUCACUGUUUCAUGCAAAUUGCCCACAAGUAUCCAAGGAUCCACGUACUUAGAUGCACUGGCAUGGCAUACUGAGAUACUGGAGUCUUCAGUACAUCUGCAAAUUGUAUGACAGUCCAGUCUCUUCUGGCAGUUGACCAGGAGUCAAGCUUGUACUUUUGGGACAAGCCUGUUCAAUGCAUGGCUAUGCUAGCAUUUCUGCACAUGAUUAGAGUUCACUCAAAUUGACUUGGUAUAACACACACAAAUAUUACUCUUUAUAUUUAUCUACUUUUACCACAAAUGUUUUGUUGAAACAAAUAUUUAUCAAAAGGUAUUUUUUGUGUUAAAAAUAAUUACUUGUUCACAGUUGAUUUGACAGUUAUUCAGAUUAAAAGUACUAGAACUGUGCCUUCCAAUUCAUGGCUAUUCAGAAAGCCUUGGUACCUCAGAUAUGUUUAUAUUCAAGCUUUUUUAAAGAAAGACUUUGUACUCUUACAUGUACGUAAUUCAUCUUCCUUUAAUAAAAAGAUAUCUUUAAAAACAUUUGUUGGAAGUGUACAAAAUGCCUUUGUGAUUUUGAGGACUACAGAUGUGGUUUUGUUGAAGAUACUGGUGGUCGAUAUGAAGAGAAAGGAAAAACUAAAAAGACAAGUCAAAAUAGACCAAAUACUGUUGUAAGAAAUUGUAUGGACAGUAAUGAAUUACUGAAUUGUGAUCAUAUUGACAUUUAACUUGUGUGUUGCAACAAUUCUAAAGUCUAGUUCUGGAAUUGUUAUGCCGUGCUUUAUAUUUUUAACAUUUUAAUUUUUUUUUUAUUUACCUGACCAUUUAAAGUAUUGAAUAUUCUUGUAAAUAUCUAAUGUCUUGUUCAUUAAACUUUGAUAUGCCUCAUAACUUACUUGUAUAAUUACUUUUCUAGAGAUGUGUUUGAUAGAAUAGUGGAUAUGCAGUUGGAUUUAUAUAUGUAGGAUAUACAGUAGUUGGAGGUCAAGGAAAUAUAUAUUUGUAUCAUUGGCGUAGAUUGCCACUUGGUCAUUGGAAUGAAGUGUAGUUACAUGUAUAGCCAUAGACCAUGUAAGAAAACUCUAUGUACGAAAUGCCAGUCAGACUUGAGAGACAGACUAUCAUUGUGCUGUAUAUAGAAUUCCUAGAAUGAGUAAAUGUUGUCCACGGGACUGCUUAUCGUA